AUGCUUGCCGCACCCCACCGAGCCGUGCCGCUGCCAAAACUCCAUAGGCGAAAUUCGACCCUCGCAUCGAGCCAUCACCACGAGCCUCACCACCGACGGUUCCCUCUCCUGCCCGGCAUGGAACGCCACAAGCAGGCCGUCGGCAGGAUCGCCGCCGCCGUCCGAGGCUUCUUCGACCGCAAGGAGCCGUACCGCAUCUUUCACGGAUCCACCAACAGCACGAGGCCGCGGCCAGGUGCCGGCGUCGUCGACAUCAGCGCCCUCGGCCACGUCGUCAGCGUCGACCGCGUCGCCCGCACCGCCCUCGUCGAGCCCAAUGUGCCCAUGGAUCGGCUCGUGGAGCGGACUCUGCGCGACGGCCUCGUGCCCCCCGUCGUCAUGGAGUUCCCGGGCAUCACCGCCGGUGGCGGUUUCGCCGGUACCGCCGGCGAGAGUUCCUCCUUCCGGCACGGCUUCUUCGACCAGACGGUCAACUACGUCGAGAUGGUGCUGGGAAACGGAGACGUCGUCCGGGCCUCGGCCGAGGAGAGACCCGACCUGUUUCGCGCCGCCGCCGGCGCCGUCGGCACGCUCGGCAUCACCACCCUCAUGGAGCUGCGGCUCGUCGAGGCGAAGAAGUGGGUGCGCACGACGUACCACCGGACGAGCAGCGUCGCCGAGGCCAUCGCCAAGGUACGGGCCGAGACGCGGAACCCGGCCAACGACUACGUCGACGGCAUUCUCUUCUCCAAAGACCACGGCGUCGUCGUCACCGGCCAGAUGACCGACGACAAGCCCGCCGACCGCACGGCUCAGAUCUUCAGCCGCGCCCGGGACCCGUGGUUCUACCUACACGUCCAGGAGCGGACGCGCAACCUGCGUGCGACGUCCGAGUCCUCGACUGAGCAGCCGUACACGACGACCGACUACCUCCCUCUCGCCGAGUACCUCUUCCGCUACGACCGCGCCGGCUUCUGGGUCGGCGCCGAGGGUUGGACCUACUUCAAGUACGUGCCCUUCAACCGCUUCUUCCGCUGGCUCCUCGACGACUUCAUGCACACCCGCAUGCUGUACCGUGCCCUCCACGCCAGCGGCGAGUCUGCGCGCUUCGUCGUCCAGGAUCUCGCCCUUCCCUACGACAAGGCCGAGCAGUUUGUCGACUACGCCGUCGACAACUUUUCCAUCUGGCCGCUCUGGCUCUGCCCGCUGAAGCAGACGGCGCCGCCAACCUUUCACCCGUACGCCGCCACGCCCGGCUCGCUCGAAUCGCCGAGGCGGGAGGAGGCGCAAGAGUCGCUCAACAUCGGCCUCUGGGGCUGGGGUCCCUCCAACCACGAGCUCUUCAUCGAAAAGAACCGGGCGCUCGAGGAUAAGCUCAUGGAGCUCGGCGGCCGCAAGUGGCUCUACGCCCACACCUACUACCCGGAGAAGGACUUUUGGCGCGUCUACGACAACAAGACUUGGUACGACGCCCUCCGGCAAAAGUACCACGCCGACACUCUCCCGUCCGUCUACGACAAGGUCCGCAUCGAUGUCGAGGCCGCUCGUCGCGAUCGCCAGCGCUGGAAACUGUCGGCAAAGAGCAUCUGGCCGCUCGGCGGCCUCUACGGCAUCUGGAAGAGCAUACUCAGCAGGGAUUAUCUCCUUCACCGGCACGCGGCGUGGAAGUACAAGGGGCAAUGA